ACUUUAUUCUUUAGUUGUUGAAGAAGCAUCAAUUGCUGGCAUGGGAAUUUAGGCUUUACACUUUGCAGAAAAACGGGAGGGCAGAGCGGGCGAAAUAUAGAAGCUCCGCUGAUCGGAUUUCCUCCUCUCCCCCUCCAAUAAUCCCGGAAAAUUUGCCUGCUCUCUCCUUUUUUAUCACGGGCUUCCCGCCAAUUCGGCUUCGCCAUCUGAGGAAGCUGGGAGAAAAAAACCUAGUCACUUUACCAUCUGAACGUUCUAGCUGGAGAAAUUCAGCUGUUCUUUGGCCAAGCAAACGUCUUUUUCCUUUGAUAUUCUUCCUAGUGUUUGUUUAAUCGAUUCCCAGCUGUUGAAUGUGGUUUUCCUCAUAGAUGGAUCAGUUUGGUGUGUUAACUGCAAGUUAUGGGUUGAAGCCACAAGGAAAAUCGGCUCCUAUGGCAUCAGCGAAACAAACCACAAAUUGCGGUGGCUCGCAAACAGGAAAUUUCGGCAUCAAUCCAAGUCUACACUCCAAAUCUGCCCAAUAUGGAUCAAGAUCUCCUCAACAUCCCUCUUUUGAUUAUGGUUCUUUUCUCGACGAUCAUAAUUUAGCUUUUGGAUCUAUUGGCAAUAAGAAAACCCAGAAUUGGGGGAGUCUCGGUGAUGAGAUUGCUGUUCCAAACAAACCCGCCUCUCAAUCGAAUGCUGGUGAUGGCGAUUCAUCUGAUUAUGAUCCAAUUUUCAUGGGGUCGAAUAAUCCGGUGUCAACGCCUUCAGCAUCGAAUAGUUAUGUUGAUGAGAUAUUUGGUGGAAUACCUGAACUUAAGAGCUCGAUUCCUGCCAAAAUUGACCCCGGCCUUCCGGCAUUUCCUUCGCCAACCAAGCAGAAUGUUCCUAUCGUCGAUUUACUAGAUAAAAUUUGUUCGCUGCAAUCAAAAUCCAAAAUUUCUAACAAGAAAGGGUCGCUCGCCAAGCCGGUACCUGCGUUUGAUGACUUGAUACCUGGAUUUGGUGGGAGCAGUAUUACAAACAAUAGUAAAGCACCUACCGAGGUGAGUAGGCCUAGGAAGCAGACGAUAACUUCACAUGAUGACCCGUUUUUGGUAUUUGAAACAACCUCAACAAGUGAGUCUUCAAGAUCAUUCGCAGACCCACUAGAACAGAUGGGGAAGUUAAAUAAUUACGGAGGCACAAGAGGCAGCUCCAAUACCCCAUCAUUGAGACCUCCACCAAAACCUACUAAUGGUUUAAAUAUAAAUAAAGUUAACGGCUCAGUUGUAUCAUCAUCAAUAGAUGAACUUGAGAAAUUUGCCAUGGGCCAGGUGCAGAAUAGUUCUAGAGCCCAUAUUCAUGCUCGUGAAAUUAAACAAAAGUCAGUGGCUAAGACAAACAAAAGUAAAGCAGCUCCUGAUUCUGCAAAAGUGGAUCAAAUGAAAACCGUGGAUGAUCUUGAAUCAUUUUUCAGCACGGGUUCUCGAUCAAGCAGUGCACCAAAGUCAAGGGCCACGACAUUGGAUCAAACAUUUGAUGCCCGGAUGCAAAACAAAAGGAGACCUGAAGUGCCUCAAAGAGUGCCAUCGGGAUCCACAGCCAGUAUGAAGAAAUCUUCGUUGUCAACAUCGUUUGAUGAUCUUGCACUGAUGUUUGAUUCCUCCUUAUCAUCCAAAUUUGACGAAGUUGAUGGGGACAACGAGGAAAGACGAAAAGCAAGACUGGGACGUCAUCAAAGGACACAAGAGCGAGCGGCAAAGGCAGUGGCUGAUAUGAAGCAGCGGAACCUACAAACCACAAUGGAGCAAGAAGAGAGGCGUAGAAUCGCUGGAACUCUGGAUGCUGAAAUAAAGCAAUGGACUGCGGGGAAAGAAGGCAAUAUGCGGGCUUUGCUGUCAACAUUGCAAUAUGUGCUCUGGCCUGAAUGUGGUUGGCAGCCGGUGUCUCUGACAGAUGUUAUUACUUCUGCUUCUGUCAAAAAAGUUUAUAGAAAAGCAACACUAUGCGUUCACCCAGAUAAAGUUCAACAAAAAGGUGCUAGUCUUGAACAGAAAUAUAUUGCAGAGAAGGUUUUUGACAUCCUUAAGGAAGCUUGGAACAAGUUCAAUGCAGAAGAGCUUUCUUAGAUCUCCUGGCUGAAUUGUUCUUGGGAAUUAAUAUACCUAUCCAGGACAAGCCCCUUUUCUUUCUUGGCACUAACUCACCUGCCAGCUGAUAGAUUAUUAUACUGUUGGGAUAAAUAUUUCUUGGCAUCGGUUGGCUGAGAAAAUCGUCACGCAGAGUAAUGUUGAUUGAGGAUUCUUUGUAAAUUUAAACCAGUCCCCUACGUCAUGUAAACAAGAGCUUAUCAGACGUAAAGAAAUACAUGAUACAUACAUACAUACAUACACAUAUAUAGUGGGAAAGGGGAGAAUUCAUUCGAUUGCAAGUUGUAGCUAUUGUCAUGAUAUUUCUCUUGAUAUGAUGAAACAAUAGAAAUUCUUCAAUUGAUUUUUGCUUUGAAGUA